AAUAAAACUGAUAUUUUUGUCUCGUUUAAUUAAUUUAUAUAAAAGUAACUAAAUUUUUAUAAUGGCUCGUACCAAGCAAACUGCUCGUAAAUCCACUGGUGGUAAGGCUCCUCGUAAGCAAUUGGCUACUAAAGCUGCCCGUAAGUCUGCUCCAGCAACGGGAGGUGUUAAGAAACCCCAUCGUUACAGACCCGGUACUGUCGCUCUUCGUGAAAUUCGUCGUUAUCAAAAAUCGACUGAAUUGCUCAUCCGAAAACUGCCGUUCCAGCGUCUAGUCCGAGAAAUCGCUCAAGACUUCAAAACUGAUUUGCGUUUCCAGAGUUCGGCGGUUAUGGCUUUGCAAGAGGCGUCCGAAGCUUACCUGGUUGGUUUGUUCGAGGAUACCAAUUUGUGUGCCAUUCAUGCUAAGCGAGUCACCAUCAUGCCUAAAGACAUUCAAUUGGCUCGUCGCAUUCGAGGAGAACGUGCUUGAACAGUCUUAAUUGUCAUUUUAAAAAUUUAUAUUCAUUUUGAUAAUCCAUCGUGACAACGGUCCUUCUCAGGACCAUCAAA